GGUCCCCUGACACCCUGGGAUCAUAAGGCCCUGGAGAAGCGAUAGUGUAAUUCAAGUGCAAUUUGAAUUUGUACGAUAAUCUAACCUGGAGCCAGACUCUGUUCUUUCUGUUGCUUGUGUUAGAGCAGGUCUACACUUGGGGAUUUUUCAUGGACUACAGAGAAAGCCAUCAGUUUGCAUGUUUUACUAAUUGUUUUGCUCCUUUUGCAUAGUAUCCAAGUGUACGCUGUUUAGGACAUUUUGAUUUCAUAAGAUCAAAAUUGUCCUCCCCACUGAUCUCCUUCAUAGCCUCUUCAGAAGUCUUCAUUAUGUUUUCUUAUAUGUGCAGAUUUUUGUAUUGGGUAAACUUGGACACAACAGAGUCAUUUUAGAGCAACAGGGUUUUCUUUUUUCUAUCCAGCACCAGUAAUACAGUUGCAGUUAGCUUCUGUUCAGCAGUGCCUUUUAUCUAUACAAUUUAUUUGUUGCAAUCUGCACAAAGCAGGCUAAUAUACAAUCUGUCAUUCGAAAACUGCUUGUAUAUUGCUAUUAGAAAUCCCUCACAUAAAUAAACUUGGGACCACAGUUGCUGGGUAAGUUGCUAGUAGUGUUGUGUAGGCUGCCUUGCUUUGCUGACAAAGUGGUUCUUGGUCUUUCUAGACCUGGGCAGGGACCAGCAUGAAUAUCAAAUUAUUAAUAAGGCUUAUAUAUAAUAUAAAUUAUAGUGCAUUCUGUAGGCUACAGCUAUCCAGAGCUUACUACAGAUAUUUUUAAGAAAUAAACUAUCAAACCUAUUCAAAGGAUUAUUAUGUUAGUACGAUUAAUUUGCGAAUGUGACUUUUGAAAUGUUGCAGUUCUCGGCUUUAUCCAUUUGAGGGCAGCUGUUUACCGAUGUUAAGAGCUGUGGAGAACCUGUCUGGGUUCUGCUAUCUGCACUUUAGUUUUUCUAUGCUUGCAGAUACUUCAUUCAGGUCUCUCUAGGUCUUGUACUGUUCCAGCACCAUACUAAAAUGUCAUAAUUUUGUUUAGGUUUUUUUCCAGUAAUGUUGGUAUGCAAAACAACUCUAGAAGAAAACUCUGGGAAGUUUGCAUGAACUGGUUUUUUGUGCUGGGAUAAUUUCAUAGAUCCAUGUCAUAAAAUUAUGGCCUUCCUGAGUUCAGUAUACUUAACAAACUAGUUAAUUUUGUAACAUUUGCUUCCUGGUAAACAGCUCCAAAAAAAGCUGACUUUGAACUACUCUGACUGGAAGGUAUGAAGAUUAUUGCUGCUUUGUACAUGCUUUCAUUUUACAGGCAUCUCUUCACUGGACUGGCCAAAAAGAAACAGGAGUCUUCUGGAUUCUGAUGUUUACAUUAGUUGGAAGUCCAUUAUAGCCUUGAGUUUAAAAAUACUAGUUUUACAGGCUCUUUUAUGUAAUUUCAUUUCAAAUGUGAUCUUCUGAUUAAAAGGACAGGCAGGCACUCAGAGCACCAUUGGAAAUCAGCCCAACUAUAUUUAGGAACAGAAUGUUAGUAAAAUGUAUUACAAAGCAUUAAAGCUCAAAUUUUUAUAAUUUCACAUUUGUCAGGUUUGUACAUGUUGUCAUCCCAUAUAAUGCAAAAGUACACACUUUUAAAGAUGAAAGUGGCAGAGUGGCUGUUUAAGCUUUACAUUUGAAGCUUAAGUUAGAAUUACAUUUAUAAUAUAUAUGUAUUGUACAAAUACAAAAAUAAGUGAUAUCUACUAUAUGCAAUGUAUUUCUGACACUUCUGAGAUAGCCUUCACCAUUUUUGUCUUCUCUCUUAACUUAAGACUGUGCUUUAUUUUCUGGCUAAGAACUUUCACUUAUUCAAACUUUAUAACUUCCCAGCAUUAGCCUGGGACCUUCAAACAUGACUGUAAGACAAUGAUACUUACAGUCAGCAAUAUGUAGCAAAUACAAGACUGAAAACUAGAGUGAUGAAAAGUGGAAGUAAAACUGGGACAAGAUCUCAUCUGCUGAUGCAAAUCUUUUUUUUUCUGGGGGACAGUGAUAAAAAAGCAGGGGAAAAUAGAGACAGGUGAAAACUAAAGGUUUUUUCUUAUUGCUAUGGUUAAGUAUGUAACCUAGCUCUCUAAUUUCACACUGGACAAAAAAAGUGCCUUAUUUUGCCAUGGCUCUAUCUACUAAAAGGGGACACCACUAAUUAUGAACAUGAUCCUAUCUUUCAAACUAGAAGUGUGUCCCUGUGGAAUUAUUCUAGAAUAGAAGUUCCUGGGGGAAAAACAAUGUACCAUUGGGACUUUAUCUCAAAACAAAAGAAGAAGAGCUGACAAUCCCUAGGUUUGUGUUUUCAGAGGUGUGAGAAUGACCUGUGACUGGAACUGGCAUGGUGAGCAGUGCUUGGAGAAUGCAAUGCUUGAUGUUUACUCCCCAUUUGUAUGUAAAUCUGUGAAUGGACCAAAUUAUGUUCCUGUUUUGCACUCAUGUUAUGAGCUAAUAUUAUUUAAAAAAAAGGGGGGGAGGAAGUAAGCCUGUAAAGUAGUAAGAUGCUAGGCUCUUAUAUUAACUAUAACAGUUGGUGGUCUGGCACACUGUCAAAUUCUUUUAGCAAUUGUGCAACAAAAUACUCUUAAAACUGAAUUUAGUUUAGCAGUUUCAGCAGUUAGUUCAGUUUCUCUUAGUGCCCACAGAGAAUUUAGUAUGCAACUAAAUGAAAUAUUGAGUAUUUAUUAAAGGAGAAAGUAAGGCUUGCUUUGUACAGAAUGUUGUAUCUGAUCUCAAAUUAUGUUUAUAUAAUUACAUUAUAUAUUACAUUUUGGUAAACUUCACACUUUGUUGGAACAAAGUUUGUCAGAAAUGGAAAACUGAUCUGUUGCUUCUUUUUGAAUGAUAGCUCAAUAGGGUAUGUGGGUUGAUCUCUUUUGAGCUUUUGGUUCUGUUCUUCACUUUAGUUAUUCAAAGUGAAAACAAAAGGCUGCUCUUUUCCCUCUUUGGAAUACUUCAGUGAAAUUUUCUUAUUUGAAUAAAACUGAGAUUCCAAGACACUUAUUCUGAAGCAUUUCAGUCAAGUGAAAGCCUAGCAUUUAUAUAAAAUACGAAAUAAUUCAGAAUGAAAUUAUAAAGUAAUGCCAUUACUGCUGUGUACAGGCUAAUGGUAAACUGUUCCUUGGAGUUUUAGCAGGAAGUGUGAAGUAGGAAAUGUAAAGAGUCUUUUAGAAGAAAAUUUAUGUCUAAAUGUGCUUUCGAAUAACAUAUGAAUGGGAUGGUAGAAAAGGAAAAAAAACCAGCCAUCUGUGCAAAAAAAUACUGUGCUACCCAGCAUUCUGUCACAGCUUUUCUGUAUGCAACAUCUGUAAAGAAAUAAGGAUUGUCUUGUUUGUCUGAGAAAAGUAUUGUGUUAUAAGUAGGUGCUUACUGUAAUGUAUUUAUACUGUCAAUGAAAUGUUAAGGUUUUUUUUUUCCAUAAAAAACUUUCCACAUGCAAAUGUUUGGUCAGGGAGGCCCUCUAUAUGCAAAUGAGACAUGCUUACAGCUUGGCUUUUUGAAGGGGAAACAAAGGGCUAAGUGGAAAUGCUAAUACAGUCAUAUUUUAAUGCUGUCUUUUGUCAAGUUACAUUGUUGUGCUCCAAGCAUUAAAGCAUUACUGCACUCCCUCUUUUGCCCUCACAUAAUUAUACAGUUAAUUAUCUUUGCUGGUUUGUGCAUAAAGAGACUUGUAAGAUUUCUUAAUGGUCAUUUAUUCACUGUGUUUUGGACUGUACUGACUGAGUUCUACAUGUGCCUUGAUGGUUUUCUGCAUCUCUUAUCAGCAUUUUCAUAAGACAUUUUCACAUGCUUUUGUUUCUUUCUGUUUAGUUUUGCUCAAAAAUGUUUUCAAAAUAUAAAUAUGUUUUUAAGAAACACGUCCAAGUAUAGGCACCGGAAGGGGAUUGUGGGAACAUAUGGAGACAUUUUAGGAAAGCUAAUUUGAUCAAGAAAUUAUUCAAAAUGGAAGUAAACUAAUUGUGGAAAAUCUGAGUAACAGACAUUGCUUUGUAGCUUUGUUCAGUGGAGUAAGAACUUUUUUCCUGAAAAAUGAGCCUUGGGUUGGUUGCUAAGGGCAGGCAGACCUCUCCCCACAUCCUUCAGGAGAUGCUAUGUUCUUGGAGGAAGAGCCCUCCUGCUUUCCACUGGUGUGAUGGAUAGGCCUGAGCAAACUGGUACCCAAACUCACGGGAAAUGAGCUGGCCACAAGAGGGAAAACUACUGUACCAUAACAUCCUUAGAGCCAAAGCCACCUGGAUGCUGCUCCCCCUACGGUGGCAGGGAGAGAGGAAGAGAGGCCAACUGGAAUACCUGUACUUAAGUAAGGAAGGUCAGGAGGGAGGAAUUAAAAGUCACAAUGUAGCAUCUUUUUUCUUUAAAAGAGCUAGUUUGGUACCAAUUUUUAGGAGAUCGUAAUUUUUUAAAGAUUUUUUAAAAUCCAUUUUUUGGAAACUUUUGGACAAUAUAUCAUGUUUUUAGAGACUGUGGUUGAGGAACAGCAAAGUUCAGAUCAGUUUUUCAUUUAAUUUUAUUGACAGUCCAGAAGAAAUCUUCUCAGGUAGUGGUAAGAUUGAUCCUGCGCCAACACUGUUACCCUCUGAAGGUUGCAAUCUCCUUGGAUUCCCCUUCUGAAAGUGUAAUAGCAACUUGUUAAAAACAAAACAAAAUUAAAAGAAAAUUCUUCCUUUAAAGUGCAAGUGUAAGUGACUGCGCUUAUUAAAACUCCAGGCAGUCAUGAUUUUCUUCUUUUUCAAUCUGCAGAUCCCUUUUUGGAGAAGGGCUCUUCUGACAUUGCAGGGGAGGUCCACCAGCUGUUUGACUGACGGGAGCAGUCUGCCUGCCCCUUGGUGGUUUAAUUCCUGUCUAUACUAGGAUAGCUUGCACUUCACUGAGCAGCAGACAGGUCAGGACACUUGGCAGGAGAAGGUUGAGAGGCAGAGGCAGCAGGCUGGGGAGAGCUGAUUCACCAGUCUGAAACUUAAAAAAAAAAAAUUGUGCAACUUUAAAGCGAAGUUUUUAGCAAUGUUCUUGCAGUGUUAGUAGACUUGACCAAGUAAGAACAAUAAAAUGUCCAAACCUGGGAAAACUGCCAUCAACCAUGGCUUGGUUCCUGUUGAUCUUAAAAGUGCCAAAGAACCUCUACCGCACCAAACCGUGAUGAAGAUAUUUAGCAUCAGCAUCAUUGCACAGGGCUUGCCCUUCUGCCGUAGGCGGAUGAAGAGAAAGUUGGACCAUGGCUCCGAGGUCCGUUCUUUCUCUCUGGGAAAGAAACCCUGCAAAGUCUCAGAAUACACAAGUACCACGGGGCUGGUGCCAUGUUCCGCCACGCCGACGACGUUUGGGGACCUGCGGGCAGCCAAUGGCCAGGGACAGCAGCGGCGCCGCAUCACAUCCGUGCAGCCACCCUCCGGCCUCCAGGAAUGGCUGAAAAUGUUUCAGAGCUGGAGCGGACCAGAGAAGUUACUUGCUUUAGAUGAACUCAUUGAUAGUUGUGAACCAACACAAGUAAAACACAUGAUGCAAGUGAUAGAGCCCCAGUUUCAAAGAGACUUCAUUUCCUUGCUCCCAAAAGAGCUGGCACUGUAUGUGCUGUCAUUCCUGGAACCCAGGGACCUUCUGCAGGCAGCCCAGACAUGUCGUUACUGGAGAAUUCUGGCUGAAGAUAAUCUUCUCUGGAGAGAGAAAUGCAAAGAGGAGGGGAUUGAUGAACCAUUACAUAUCAAGAGGAGGAAAGUAAUAAAACCAGGCUUUAUACACAGUCCGUGGAAAAGCGCCUAUAUCAGACAGCACAGGAUUGAUACCAACUGGCGGCGAGGAGAGCUGAAAUCGCCCAAGGUGCUCAAGGGCCAUGAUGACCACGUGAUCACGUGCCUGCAGUUCUGCGGGAACCGCAUCGUGAGCGGCUCCGACGACAACACGCUCAAAGUGUGGUCAGCAGUGACAGGCAAGUGUCUGAGAACACUGGUUGGGCACACAGGCGGAGUGUGGUCAUCACAGAUGAGGGACAAUAUCAUCAUCAGUGGCUCUACAGACAGAACGCUGAAAGUCUGGAAUGCUGAGACCGGGGAGUGCAUCCACACCUUGUACGGACACACGUCCACCGUGCGCUGCAUGCAUCUCCACGAGAAAAGGGUGGUCAGUGGCUCUCGAGACGCGACGCUGCGGGUGUGGGACAUAGAGACGGGCCAGUGCUUGCAUGUCCUGAUGGGCCACGUCGCUGCAGUUCGGUGCGUUCAAUAUGAUGGCAGAAGGGUUGUAAGUGGUGCAUAUGAUUUUAUGGUCAAAGUGUGGGAUCCAGAGACAGAGACCUGUCUGCACACACUGCAAGGGCAUACUAACAGAGUCUACUCGUUACAGUUUGAUGGUAUCCAUGUGGUGAGUGGAUCUCUUGACACUUCCAUCAGAGUUUGGGAUGUGGAGACAGGCAACUGCAUUCACACUCUGACAGGCCACCAGUCACUCACAAGUGGAAUGGAACUUAAGGACAAUAUACUUGUGUCUGGGAAUGCUGAUUCUACAGUCAAAAUCUGGGACAUUAAAACAGGACAAUGUUUACAGACAUUGCAAGGUCCCAACAAGCAUCAGAGUGCCGUGACCUGUUUACAGUUCAACAAGAACUUUGUAAUUACCAGCUCAGAUGAUGGGACUGUAAAACUUUGGGACUUGAAAACGGGUGAAUUUAUCCGAAAUCUAGUCACAUUGGAGAGCGGGGGAAGCGGAGGCGUCGUGUGGCGAAUCAGAGCUUCUAACACAAAGCUGGUGUGUGCAGUCGGGAGCCGCAACGGGACUGAGGAAACAAAGCUGCUGGUGUUGGACUUUGACGUCGAUAUGAAGUGAAGGGCAGAAAGAUGAAUUUGUCCAAACGUGUAGACGAUGUUCUCCUUUCCCUCCCCCCUGAAAAAAAAAGAAAAAAGAAAAAAAAGAAAAAGGAAAAAAAUCCCUUGUCCUUGGUGGUGCAGGAUGUUGCCUUGGGGCAACAGAUCCUAAAGACCUACAGACUACGAAGGAGAAGACAAAGAUGACAAACUAUAACUGACAAGAGAGGCUUUUGCUGUCUCGUCACAUAAAAAGGCUACACUUUUGACCGGGGCAGCUUUGCAAAAAUCCAACUUUAGAAAUGAAACCAGGUGCAAUUAAUUUCUUUACUUUCCUCCAAAUGCUCCUUGAGCAAUUUGGAGUGGGGGGAAAAAAAAAAUGUUACAGUUCUUGUUAACAGGUUAUUUUACCACAAAGAUCUUGAAAUAAGCUGCACAGGCGAGCCUGCUCGUGCACCCCUGGGUCACCCUGGGUCCCAGCAGCCCCUCCGAGCAACGCGCUGUCCCUAGCCCCGCUCCGAGCAGGGGGUUGGACUGGACUCCCUCCAAGGUCCCUUCCAACCUCCACGAGCAGUCACUGGUUGACUUUCAAAAACUAGAGAGAGCAUCUGCAAUGAGAAAAACAAAAACAAAGAGUCCAUUCCUGGUGUGGAAAAGCUAAAAUAUUACUGUGAAUUUUUUUGUACAGUUUUAUCAGAGCUUUUUCUUUUUUUUCUUUA